AUGAAGACCAUUAUCUUCCAUAUGGAGAUGAAAGCUCGGGUUCUUUUCGCCAUCUGGGUAGCAAUGGCGAUUUCUCUUCACAAUGCGAGCAUUUCCCAAGGCAGACAUACUUUCCACAAGCCGAGGAAAGGGAAACAUACAGGGACAGUGACGUCAUCCCCUGUUUCUCCUCCUCCUGCUUCCCCUGUUCCUUCUCCAGAAAGUGGUGGUAGCAGCAGCCCUGCCCCGUCGGUUCGGUCCGACCCGUACCCGAGCCCCGAUUCGGACUGCGUGUUCGACGUCCGGUCAUACGGCGCCGUAGGAGACGGGGAGACGGACGAUACGGCGGCGUUUAGGGCGGCGUGGAAGGAGGCUUGCGCCGUGGAGUCGGCCACCGUUCUGGCUCCGUCCGGUUACAGCUUCAUGAUCACUUCCUCCAUCUUCUAUGGGCCUUGCAAGCCCGGCCUGGUUCUUCAGGUGGACGGGUGCCUGAUGCCGCCGGAUGGGCCCGAUUCGUGGCCCGACGGCGACAGUAAGCAGCAGUGGCUGGUGUUUUAUCGGCUCACUGAUAUGAAAAUCACGGGGGAAGGGACCAUUGAAGGCAACGGCGAUAAGUGGUGGGAUCUCCCCUGCAAGCCUCACCGGGGUACGGAUGGGAUUGGAUCAGGAUCAUCAGGAUCAUGUGAGAGCCCUGCUUUAAUCAGGUUCUUCAUGAGCUCAAACUUGGUGGUGAGUGGGCUGAGGAUCCAGAACAGCCCACAGGUCCACAUGAAGUUCGAUGGCUGCCAGGGUGUGUUGAUAGAGAAGCUGUCCAUUUCUUCGCCCAAGCUCAGCCCAAACACAGACGGAAUCCACAUUGAGAACACGAAAGACGUUGGCAUUUACAACUCCAUGAUCAGCAACGGGGAUGAUUGCAUAUCAAUUGGGUCCGGGUGCUCGAAUGUCGAUAUUGAGGGCCUAACUUGUGGGCCAAGUCACGGGAUCAGUAUUGGGAGCCUAGGAGUGCACAACUCCAAAGCAUGUGUGUACAACAUAACGGCCCGAAACCUGGUGAUCCGCGAGUCAGACAACGGGGUCCGGAUCAAGACGUGGCAGGGCGGUUCUGGGUCCGUCUCCAACAUCCACUUCGAGAACAUCCAGAUGGAGAACGUCCGGAACUGCAUGAUGAUCGAUCAAUACUACUGCAACGCCAAGUCAUGCUCCAACCAGACCUCCGCCGUCUACAUCAACGACAUCUCCUUCCGCAACAUCAAGGGCACCUACGACGUCCGCAACGCCCCCGUGCGCUUCGCCUGCAGCGACGCCGUAGCAUGCACCAACAUCACGCUGUCUGAGGUGGAGCUCCUCCCCCACGAGGGGGAGCUCCUUGACGACCCCUUCUGUUGGAACGCUUAUGGUGUCGAGGAGACCGUCACCAUCCCACCCGUCGACUGCCUGAACGACGGGGAGCCUCAAAAUGUUGGGGAGCUCGAUAACUAUGUUUGCUCGUGA